AUGCUUUCUUUAAAUUGAUUACAGACUAUUUGUUGUAACUCUAUGUUAUCCACUGGAGUUAGAAACAUAGAGUGAGCAAUGUUGACGACAUGAGGAUCUGAUGUAUCAAGAAUUGAGUUUUGAUCAAUCUGACUUGCUAUUUGCUCACCUAUAUCAACAAAAUAUUUAUUAAAAACACAGGCUAUAUCAGUGGGAGCGUCCAGCUGAUGAUUAUUGUGAUUAAUUAAUUAUUAAUACUUAUUUGUAUUUUAUCCGAAU